GUAGAUGCCUGUGAUCUCACACUGGACCCAAACACAGCUCACAGAAAACUCAUUAUGUCUGAGGACAACAGGAGGGUGGAGGUGAAGCCGUGGCCGUAUUGCAAUGAGUUUUUUGGAGAGGAGCAUCCAUAUCCUGAUCACCCAGAGAGGUUUGAUUUAGAGCAGCAGGUGCUGUGUACAGAGGGUCUGACUGGACGCCAUUACUGGGAGGUGGAGGGGCAGGUUCUGGUAGGAGUGACGUAUAGAAGCAUCAGGAGGAGAGGGAUGUGUGAUGCCUGUACACUUGGAGACAACAACAGAUCCUGGGGUCUGAGCAGGUCUCGUUUUACGUUUGGUUUUUGUCAAAGACUCUCUGUCCAUCACAAUUGUGAACAGACUUUAAUACAUUACAAGCUCCCUUCACCCAGCAGAGUAGGAGUUUACCUGGACUGGCCAGCUGGUGUUCUGUCCUUCUACAGCAUCUCCUCUGACACAAUGACCCACCUGCACACAUUCAUCACCACCUUCUCUGAGCCCCUCUACCCAGCGUUUGGGUUGCGUACAGUGGUAAUAACCUUGGGAGAUAGUUCUCCCUCCUCAAUGUACUUGUGUGUGUGUGUGGGGGAAAAAAACAUCACACACACAUCAGACCAACGCACAUGUUAAGUCACCUCAUCAUCCGGACCCUCCAGUUGCAUAUUUGUGUGCUGUCUUUCCUUCUUGCUGUGUCUCCACAACUCUGUAUUACAGUUGGUGUUGGGCUGGUCUUAGGACACCAGUAACCAUGACUACAGGUAUGGAGGUUGUCCCAGACCAGUGUAGAUGGUGAUGACCCCUCUGUAACCAUGACUACAGGUAUGUAGGUUGUCUCAGACCAGUGUAGAUGGUGAUGACCCCUUUGUAACCAUGACUACAGGUGUGUAGGUUGUCCCAGACCAGUGUAGAUGGUGAUGACCCCUCUGUAACCAUGACUACAGGUGUGUAAGUUGUCCCAGACCAGUGUAGUGUUGAUGACCACUCUGUGGUCGGGAGGAGAUGAAGGCUUCUGUUCCUUUGGCUGGACGACCGGAGACUGGUGUUCCAUGUGUGGUUGAUCUAUUGUAUGAUGAUACUGUCAACAUGUAUCUUAGGGUUGAUCUAUCGUAUGAUACUGUCAACAUGCAUCUUAGGGUUGAUCUAUUGUAUGAUACUGUCAACAUGCAUCUUAGGGUUGAUCUAUUGUAUGAUACUGUCAACAUGUAUCUUAGGGUUGAUCUAUUGUAUGAUACUGUCAACAUGCAUCUUAGGGUUGAUCUAUUGUAUGAUACUGUCAACAUGUUAAUUAGGGUUGAUCUAUUGUAUGAUACUGUCAACAUGUUACUUAGGGUUGAUCUAUUGUAUGAUACUGUCAACAUGUUACUUAGGGUUGAUCUAUUGUAUGAUACUGUCAACAUGUUACUUAGGGUAUGUGUUACUAUGAUGUAAUAUUGGGUGUCAACGUGUAUGAUACAUUAAAAAAUGC